AUGUCGUACCAAUACCCCCCGCCUCUACCUUAUUCCGGCUCUGGGAUGGGCGUGUCGCAUUCCGGCUACGUGCCAAGCUACGACGCGACGGCCCCGAUCCCAUUACCGAUGGACCCUAGAACCCAAGAGCAGACUCUCAGGGAUCGUAAAGAAUCCUUCUCCCAGGCGAGUUUGAAGUUGAGACGGUCCAUGUCCACGCCUGACGUAAAACAACGGCAGACCAGCAUAUCCGAUGCAAAUCAGUCUGGUCUGGCUAGCGAAAAGAGAAGAAACAAGCUGGGCUACCACAGAACUUCUGUUGCCUGUGGACACUGCCGUCGAAGAAAAAUCCGGUGCAUAGCAUCGCCCGCGAUGGGUGAGAGUAGAUGCAUCAACUGUAUCAGGCUGAAGAAAGAAUGCAGCUUCUUCCCCGUAGACCAGCCGCCGCUGCCGCAAACGACCGGCCCGCGCCCUAAAGCGCCAUCGCAGGCCUCGUCUGGGCCCAACACCGCUUCUGCCUCGUCUUCUCCCGCUGUAGCUGCCAUGCAGUCUCUUGACGUUACCCAACGCCAGCAAUAUCGUCCUGGCGUGGUACAUCCGGUUCCAGGUAUGCCACCGCCUCCCAAACAGCCAUCCGCCAUCGAAAACCUCGGGACCGAGGCUGCAAUAUCGUCAGGCGUGCCUGGAGGUUUGCCCUCUCGUGCCUUCGGCUAUCCGAACCAGUCAGUAGCUUGGAUAUCGCCAGAAGUCAGUCCUAGUUCUACACAACCAAAAGAGCAUAACGAAACGUGGAAGUCUUUCACCGGGCAGUCUCCAAUCACCCCGUCCUUUUCACCGUACACUUCCCAGGCUCCUUCGUCUGCCGGUUGGAGCAAUGCAGACCCCAACGCCCCCGGCGACAUGGGGUACUACUCUUUCGCCCCGGGAAGCACCAUGACUUACCCGAGAAACACGCCGCUACCGACUCAGUACUCCAUGGCGCCGCAGCAGAGCCAGCAGUUUGGAAGAAAGUCGUCGACCAUGUCAGACGUUUACCCGGCACAAAUAGCCACGCACCUCCCAGACUUCGACCCAAACAACGCCUCGCUCUCUGCAGGUGCGGCACCGUCUUCGGAUUAUGCUUCUUGGGAACAGCCGCCCUAUACCUAUGCCAGACCGCACGAGGGCUACCAGGCAUGGACUUACGAAGAGAACGAAGGAAAUUAG